CUUGCCCUCUGGGUCAGGUCUCCAAAGUUCUGGUGCCAAGAGGAACUGAUGUUCGGCUGAUUAACUUAAAUGAGACACCAGAGGAAGAGGACUGUUACCUGGCAUGCCACUGCGGAAGCCGAGGUCUCAUAGAAAACUGCAAACCUUUGACCUGUUUGAAACGUGACUCUUGUUUUUUGAGUCACGGAAACACUAAAGAGCAUGGGCAGCAUUUUUCAGUGAAUGAAAAUGCUUGCGUCUGCAGCGCAGGAAGGGUGCUGUGUACGAGGAAGUCCUGCCAACCAGAUAAUCACUCUCCUCUGUCAGCGG